AUGUGGUUACAGGUCUCUGGAGCCAUUAUUUGUUCACCGCCCAAAGAAGCCUCCGAGAUUGUAAUCGACGCUUUACGGGCAGGAAAAGGGGUGUUUUGCGAGAGGCUGCCCAGUUUUGACAGGCAGAGAGCGGAAGCUUGUUUUGACGAAGCUGACAGAUGUGGAAGACCCUUGGUGUGCGGAUUCUACAAGCGCUUCGACCCGGCGCUGCAGUUCCUGUGCAGGAAUGUCCGGGACAGCCAAGCGCUGGGGAGGAUCCAGCGGAUCUCCGCCGUCAGCAGCCUGUACCCGGCGGCGUCCCUCAGCCUCCUCAGGACCUCAGAUAUGGCCUGCUUGAAGGAUGCAGACACUGUAGCCGUCAGCAUGAAAUUUCCUAGCGGAGCGAUUGUGACUCUGGACGUCAGCCAGCACUGCACUCAGCGCUGUGACCAGCGACUGGAGGUUCACGGCUCUCAAGGCACGUUACGGGUCGAUAACCAGAAUCCCCUGGGGAUUACGGAGCACGGGACCUCGGUGUCCAUCUGCUCGCAGACCCAUGCCGACCGCUACAGGGAUGCCCACAGGGAGCUUUUCCGACACUUCCUGAGAACCCUGACAGGCAAGGAGCUCCCCGCCGUAACCAAAGAGCAGUUCCAGUGGACGAUGCAGGUGGCUGCGGCAGCCGAGCAGUCCUGGAGGAGCGGCUCCGCCGUGGACCUGCGCCGCGAAGGCUUCGCUCUGCCCAAGAUCAAGACCGAGGAGGUGUGA